GUGCAGAAUACGGGGAAAGGUGAAGCAGAAGAAGAAAGAAAGAAGUCAGAGUAGUUUCUUCUCUCCGUUCAGCACAGGAAUAAACCCUAACUCUUUUAUUUGUACGCCCAAACUACAUAAUUCCCUGAAGUUCCUGGUUUGAAUCUGAAGAUUUGCACGGUAGUGGCUAGGGACUUCCGGCUUGGUAACCAUGUCUUCCUUGAGUAGGGAACUAGUUUUCUUAAUUCUACAAUUCUUGGAUGAGGAGAAAUUCAAAGAUACAGUUCAUAAAUUGGAGCAAGAAUCUGGUUAUUUCUUCAAUAUGAAAUACUUUGAGGAUCAAAUUCAAGCCGGUGAGUGGGAUGAAGUAGAGCGCUACUUAAGUGGGUUUACGAAGGUUGAGGACAACCGCUAUUCAAAGAAGAUUUUCUUUGAAAUAAGAAAGCAGAAAUAUCUUGAAGCUCUUGACAAGCAAGAUCGAGUAAAAGCUGUUGAUAUUCUUAUAAAGGAUCUAAAAGUUUUUGCCUCUUCCAAUGAAGACCUUUUCAAGGAGAUUACCCAGUUACUGACACUUGAAAACUUUAGGAAGAAUGAAAAGCUUUCCAAAUAUGGGGACACAGAGUCUGCAAGAAAUAUUAUGUUGGUUGAACUUAAAAGGCUCAUAGAGGCAAAUCCUUUGUUUCGUGACAAGCUCACUUUACCUCCAUUUAAAGCUUCUCAAUUGCGGACAUUGAUAAAUCAAAGCAAUGGAGCUCGGCCUCCUCCACCUACUAAUGCUCCUCUUCUCGGCCCUAUUCCAAAACCUGGAGCCUUUCCUCCUCUUGGAGUUCAUAGUCCUUUCCAGCUAGUUGUUUCUCCAUCUCCAAGUGCAAUUGCUGGAUGGAUGACAAGUCCAAAUCCAGCAAUGCCCCAUGCUGCAGUUUCCCCGGGGCCUCCAGGAAUUGUGCAGCCUGCUGGUGCCGCUGCAUUCCUUAAACAUCCUAGAGCCUCUUCAGGUGUUCAUGGAAUGGACGAUCAAACAGAUGACUCUGAGCAUAUAAUGAAAAAAAUUCGAGCUGGCCAAUCUGAUGAGGUUUCUUUCUCCAGCACAACGCAUCUGCCAAAUAUCUACUCAGAUGAAAUUCCCAAAACAGUGAUGCGGAAUCUUAGCCAAGGGUCGAGUGUUAUGAGCAUGGACUUCCAUCCUCAACAACAUACUAUUCUUUUAGGUUGAUCUAUGAUGCUAUACUUAAAUAUCAGCUGAGAUUUUUAUAGUGUGAAAUGUACUCGAAUUUUUAACUGAACAAUUUAGUCAACUUCUAAUUUAGAUUGAGAACAAUAUAUUGCUCAAAAGGAAUGUCACUGCUUAUAUAGUAUAUACAACAACCAGUUAUAUAUAGUAUAUAUACAUGGCAUUAUUGAGUAAAAAAGUACACACAAACGCUGUUGUUAGUUAAUUGUAUUCGUGUGCAUAAAUUUUCUCUCCUAUU